AAGACUUUCGCUGUAGACUGAUUUGACUUGAGAAUCUUGUCUCAAGAAUUCCCUAACCAGGGAAUCUUGACAAUUAAGAUGAAUUCUGAAAAUGGUUUCGUAACCGAGAACAGCAGCUCUGUGCAUCUGGAGAGAGGACAAAACGAUAAUGCCCCCAGUGUCCAUUUUCAAACACAUCAUGAAGGGUCCCUGGGAGUUCCUAUCCCGUGUGCCGUCAUGAGCGUGGUCUUCAUCACCAUUUUAGUCAUUACUCUCAUUGCCUUAUCAGUGGGCCAGUACAAUUGUCCAGGCCAAUAUGAGCUGGGAAUGCCAUUGGACAGCCCUGUUUCUUUGUGCUCAGCUGACUGGGUUGGCUACCAGGGCAAAUGCUACCUUUUUUCUGCUAAAACAGAGAACUGGAUGUCAGCCUACAUGGCUUGUAACAAACAUGGUGCUACUCUUGCUGUCAUCGAUUCUGAAAAGGAUAUGAUCUUCCUAAAACGAUAUGCUGGUGGAAAUGAACACUGGAUUGGACUGAGAUAUGAAGCUAACCAGACAUGGAAAUGGUCAAAUGGCAGAGAAUUUAGCAACUGGUUCAACUUUGCAAAAUCUGAGAACUGUGCUUUUCUGAACAGCACAGAGGUCAGCAGCACAGACUGUGAAAAGGAAUUACACUGGAUAUGUAGCAAGCCCUCCCCAAAAUGAGGAAAUGUACUUACUUAGAGACUACUAGGGCACGGAACUAAAGGAAAUCUGUAUCAGUGGAUGAUGCUCCGUGGUCAGAAGUUUUCCACACAGACUUUGUGGUAAAGCUUUGUUAUUAUCUUGGAAAUCUUCUUCAAAGAGGACUGUGGAAAAAAGGGAGAGGAAUUCCAGGAAAACUUGCAUUGUGGACUCUUCCUGCCACAAGCUAAAAACAUCGCAGAUUGACUAAUAUUCAGGCCCAAGAAUAGAAGAACAAGGAUGAAAACUUUCAGAUGCACUUUAUAUGUAUUUUUGAAAUUCAGAAAUGGUAAAAUAAC